AUGAUACCUAAAACUGGUUUCAGGUUGGCCCUAGUCCAGGCAAAAACUGUCCAGGACAAACGAACCAACGUCAAUGCAGCAGCUCAGGCAGUUCGCAUCGCAAGAAAAAGAGGCGCCAGGGUCGCUGCCCUUCCUGAGUGCUUCAGUUGCCCAUACGAUCCUAGUCAUUUUUCUCAGUAUGCAGAACGUAUUCCAGAAGGCCAGACCAGCCAAAGUUUAAGCAGCAUUGCUCGUGAAAGUGAAAUUUAUUUGGUGGCAGGAACUAUACCAGAAUUAGGAGCUGAUAAUAAAUUGUACAAUUCUUGCACAGUUUGGUCGCCGAAAGGAGAACUUAUUGCUACACACCGGAAAUUGCAUCUAUAUGAUAUCGACAUUCCAGGACAGAUACCAGUCAAAGAAUCAUCGAUUUUAUCAGCAGGACAGACUUUGACGACGUUUGAUGUCGAUGGAAUUUGCAAAAUCGGAAUUGGCAUUUGUUUUGACGUCAGAUUUGCUGAAAUGGCUCAACUUUAUAGAGACUUGGGUUGCCAAAUGCUGAUUUACCCUGGAACCUUUAACAUGACCACCGGCCCUUUGCACUGGAGACUUUUGCAUAGGGCUCGUUCAGUCGACAACCAGGUGUACGUGGCAGCGGUGUCUCCUGCAAGGGACACAGGAGCCCCUUACAUUGCAUACGGGUACUCCAUGGUCGUGGACCCCUGGGGUAGGGUUAUCAAAUGCGCGGGGGUGGAUGACGAGAUAAUACAUGCUGAUAUAGAUUUGAAAACAGUGGAAGAUUUUCGAAACAAGGUACCAGUUUACAAACAACGAAGAACAGAUGUUUAUGAAACAAUUCUGAAACAAACAGUUAAAACAAGUUAA